AUGAUUUUCUUUCAAUUCGAUUUCAGCUGUUUGAAAGAGAAGUCACAAUAUACAUGUCCUAGAUGUAACAUAAAGUAUUGUAGUUUGAACUGUUAUAAAGAUGAGAAACAUGCCAGUUGUUCAGAAUUAUUCUAUAAAGACUGGGUCAUACAAGAACUACAGGAAACUAAAACCAGACCAGGUGAUAAAGAGAAGAUGUUAGAAAUGUUAUCAAGAUUAGAAAAUGGUAAUCCAGAAGAACUAGAUUCUGAUGAUGAUAAUGAUGAUGAUGAAGAAGAUCUGGAAUCCAGAUUGAAGGGACUAGAUUUAGAUGACAGUGAAGCAGUACUUAAUAAACUCACAUCUAAAGAGAAGGCAGAGUUUGAGAAGUUAUUAAAGGAUGGCCAUGUUGGUAACUUGGUGGAAGUUUGGACUCCAUGGUGGAAAGAAACAAGGGAAUUAAUAGAAGAAGUUGAUGAAAAAGGAAAAAAAUCGAAGAAACAAACUAAAAGUAAUAAGCCUAAACUUCUGAAAAAUAUACCUGAUAUUAACACAUUGAUAAAGACUAAGCCAUCGCCAGAUAUAAGAAAUAAUAUGGUCAAUGUUCUUUAUUCUUAUGCAUUUGUUUGUCGUCUGCACAAUGGUGGCCAUUUUGAUUGUCCUGUCAACAGUGCUGAGGUAGGUAUAUACCAAAAAUCUAAAUUUUCCAUUCCAAUAAUCAGCCUAUUCUCAAUUUACUGUAAACUUUGGCUAAUGAUGUAA